AUGCCUUCAUUUGUGUUCACCACGGCCCGUGGAGCCGCAGAGGCUGCUUUCGCUUUCGCUUGGAGCGAGCUCCGAGGCCCGGGCGCAGGGCCCAGUAACUCCCCCGCGGGAUGCGUCCUCCGCCAGCCUGCGUGGCCAGAGCCUGUCCCCAGGGCCGCGGCAGCCCCGGCAGCCCGAGUCGCGGGUCCCGAGGCUGCGCCCACGCCAGCCCCUGGAUGGAGGCGUGAGCGCGCCUGGCGCCCCCGGCCCCCGAGGGCCAGGACUGCCCGCCACCCGCCACCUGCCACCGCCCCGCGCCCGCCCCCGCGUCCCGGCCACCGCCCCGUGAUCAUCACGGAGCCCGGGGGGCCGGACCCUGCCGCCGCCCCACCCUGUCCGGGGUCCCCGCCACCCUGCCCCGUGCCCGCCCCUGCGUCCAGCAGUCGCCCGACGCCCGCCCCCGGGUCCCUGUCCCCGCGCGGAGUGGGCCGCGACGCUAUGGUGGAGCCCUGGCUGGUGCCCCUGGGGCAGAAGCUCCUGUGGGGCGCAGCGAGCGCCGUGCUCCUGGCGGGCGCCACCCUACUGCUGACCCUUCUGCAGAUGCUGGCGAGCUACGCGCGGAAAUGGCACCAGAUGAGGCCGGUCCCGACCGUGGCCCGCGCCUACCCGCUGGUGGGCCACGCGCUGUUGUUGAAGGCGGACGGGAAAGAAUAUUUUCAGCAGAUAAUUCAGUACUCUGAAGAAUACCGAUACAUGCCACUGCUGAAACUCUGGAUGGGGCCAGUGCCAAUGGUGGUCCUUUACAAGGCAGAGAACGUGGAGGUAAUUUUAACUAGUUCAAAGCAAAUUGACAAAUCGUCUAUGUACAAGUUCCUAGAACCAUGGCUUGGCCAAGGACUUCUUACAAGUACUGGAAACAAAUGGCGCACCAGGAGAAAAAUGUUAACACCCGCCUUCCAUUUUACAAUUCUGGAGGAUUUCUUAGACGUUAUGAAUGAACAAGCAGAUAUAUUGGUUAAUAAGCUUGAAAAACAUGUUAACCAAGAGGCAUUUAACUGCUGUUUUUACAUCACCCUCUGUGCCUUGGAUAUAAUCUGUGAAACAGCUAUGGGGAAGAAUAUCGGUGCUCAAAAUAAUGGUGAUUCCGACUACGUCCGUGCUGUUUAUAGGAUGAGUGACAUGAUACUUCGAAGAAUAAAGAUGCCCUGGCUUUGGCUUGACCUUUGGUACCUGAUGCUAAAAGAAGGAAGGGAACACAAAAGGAGUCUGAAGAUCCUACACACUUUUACGGACAAUGUCAUCGCUGAACGGGUCAGGCAAAUGAAGAGCCCUGAAGAAUGCAAAGACCGUCAUGAGAGGGACUCUCGCCCCACCAAAAAUAAACGCAGAGCUUUUCUUGACUUGCUUUUGAAUGCAGCUGGUGAUGAUGGGAACAAGCUAAGUCGCGAAAACAUUCGAGAAGAAGUUGACACCUUCAUGUUUGAGGGCCAUGAUACGACAGCAGCUGCAAUAAACUGGUCAUUGUACCUCUUGGGGUCUUAUCCAGAAGUCCAGAAAAAAGUGGACAUGGAACUGGAUGAAGUCUUUGGAAAGUCUGAGGGUCCUGCUACCUUAGAAGACCUGAAGAAACUCAGAUAUCUGGAAUGUGUUAUUAAGGAGAGCCUUCGUCUUUUUCCUCCUGUUCCUUUAUUUGCCCGGACUCUUAAUGAAGAUUGUGAAGUCGCGGGCUACAAAAUUUCGAAAGGCACUGAAGCCGUCAUCCUUGCCUAUGCUCUGCACAGAGACCCAAGAUACUUCCCAGAUCCUGAGGAGUUCCAGCCAGAACGGUUCCUUCCAGAGAAUAUGCAAGGACGCCAUCCGUAUGCGUAUGUGCCCUUCUCUGCUGGCCCCAGAAAUUGUAUAGGUCAAAAGUUUGCAAUUAUUGAAGAAAAGACCAUUCUUUCUUGCAUACUGAGACGGUUUUGGGUUGAAUGCAACCAGAAAAGAGAAGAGCUCGGUCUGACAGGAGAGCUGAUUCUUCGUCCAUAUAAUGGCAUCUGGAUCAAGUUGAAGAAGAGAAACUUCAGUGAAUCCUAACUAUUUUUUUUUGGGUUAUGCCCUUACUGUGAAAACAGAGAAACUUGGCAUUUAAACUUUAUAGAUCAUUCAUGCAGUACUCUUAAUCCCUGACCUCAUUUUUCAUGUCCCUACUUACCUUGGAGUCAAGUCUACCAAAGCAGGCGUUCUUGUAUUUUAAUCAUCGCCAUAGUUGCUACCCCUGGUCUCAGCCCCGCGUGCUGAGUUGAUUUAGCCGAUCUCAGUAUCUGGAUAAGAAGAUAACAGAUUUCUCCGUAGCGGGAUCAUAGGCUAUUUCAGUUUUACUUGAAGGACCCAAAGGAUACAAUUUAAUGGAAGCCCCAGAUCUUUCUUAGAGUAUUCCGACUGACUCAGAAACUUAUAUAUGUGUAUACACAUAUUAACCCAUUACCUUAGAGUCGAUUCAACUCGACUGCAGUGAGUGGGUUUAUAUACAUAUUACAUAAAAUUUGAAAAGGAUGAGUAAUUAAGUAUUUUGACUUAAAGCCUGAAGUUUCUUAAUUAUAUCAGUGGCAUCAGUUAUGAGAAAAAUGAUUAUUAUAGCACUUUUCAGAUUUUAUUACCUAGAGCAGAUGAUUUACAGGUUGAUUCAUAAAUUCUUUUCAGUUUUUCUUUUGACUGUGAACUUACAGCACUCAUUUCAUUUUUUGUAACAUCACCUGUACCCAUUGCCAUCAAGUCUAUUCCAACUCACGGCGACCCUGUAGGACAUAGUAGAACUGCCCCAUAGGAUUUCCAGGGAGCGGCUGGUGUAUCCAAACUCCAACCUUUUGGUUAGCAGCCUGAGCUUUUAACCACUGUGUCCCCAGGGCUCCCAUAACAUCACAGUUACCUUUAUGUAUCAUAUCUUAUUGGGAGAUGUUCCUUUUGGUAAUCCCCACUCCUUCGCAGUGCCUCCAGGCUUUAUUAAUGGUUCCUGGAGCUAAUCUGGGGCCUGGUGGUGCGGUGUUUAAGCGUUUGGCUGCCAACCAAAAGGCCAGCAGUUCAAAUCCACUAGCUGCUUCUUGAAAAUCCUAUGGGGGCAAUUCUACCAUAUCCUACAGGGUCGCUAUAAGUUGGAAUCAACUCAACAGCAAUGGGUUUAUCUUUUGUGUUGUUUUUUGGAGCUGAUCUAGUUAUACUUUUUUGCGUUAGAAGUAAGAUAAUGAAAUCAAAGAGAAACUAAGUUUUUGCUCAAAGUAAUGCCACUAGUUGGUGACUAACCUGGAAUUAGAUAGAAGUACAUACGCUUAAUCUCUCCACUCCAAAUCUGAUACACUUUCUGCAACAAUAUGCUGCUGCUUUGUAGAGCUCAAGCCUGUAACUAGAUGUUUCAGUAGAACUUGGGCCUUUUGUCUCUGAUCUAGCCAUAUUUCUUCUAGAAUUUCUCAUCUUUAAAGAGAAAAAGAAGCCAUUCAUCUAUAUUUAAUAAAUCCAAUUAUCCAGAACAUGCUUAUAAAUCUGAUAACUGGUACACAUUCUUGGAAUUUUAAUUCCACAGACAAUACCUCUAUUGCCUCAUUCAGUGGCUUUUAAAUAACUUCUUUUAAUCAACAAUUCUAAGAAGAUUGAUUUUUUAAAAAAUUUCCCAAGGCAAUAGCAAAUAGAACAGCAAUAGUGUGGGAUAUGUGUUCUCUAAUAGCUACCAAAGGAAGAGGUUAGGAAAUUAAACCCACUACAGCCAGUGGUAUCUACGACAGUCAGCAGCUUCAGAUACUCCGUUGUCCCCAAAAGCCACAGUGCAGACGACCUAGUCCCAGAAAUAAUGAUGAAAGUCGAGGAAGUAUAGGAUACAGUUGGAAACGUUUUCCAUCAAAUAGUUAACCUUGUUGUCUAGAUAAUGGAUAUAUGUAGAAAAUCUUGUUCCCAGGUGGUUUUGGAUAAUUGUGGUCUUAUUGAUGAAAAUUAGUAUUAUUUCUAAGUUUUAUGCAUUUCAGUUUAACCUUUGCCUCUUUCUUUUUCUGUGACCCUACAGUAGACACUAAAUUAAAUCAAAAUAAAGCAUUACUUUGGGGUUGAAUUUUUAGCCCCAGGAUAACUUUGAUUCAUGUUUUAACUGGUAAUUCAUUUAAGCAGUGUCAAAAUUAAGGUUGAAAAAUUGUGUGAUGUUCUGCAGUAUCAAAAUGCAGGUCCUGAUUUUUUUUUUAAUAAGAGGAUGGUGAAAUACCUGCUUGUGUCCCUUCUUACCUGUGCCAUUCCUGCUUGACAGAGAUCUAUCAAGAAAAAUAAGUUACAUUUUAGACAGGGUGCUACAUUUUAUUCUAAGAAUCGAUGUCAGUUUGAAAUACAGAUAAAAGGUAGAUUAAUGGGUGGCUGAUUCUUAAUGGAUAAUAAAAGAAAUAACACUUUUGAAUGGAUGUCACUGAUGACACUCCAGCUUUCUUACAAAAUGUUCCUUGUGCCUAGACUCUGAAGAAGAAACUAGAGAAAGAGAAGAAACACCAGAGCGUUUUGCUCAGCUCAUAGCAGAUAAAGGGAAAUCCAGGGCUACCUGGGAAUCCAUAAAACCAAGAGCAUCAUUGGGUCCCAGCAUUUGUAGUCAGGGGACUCCUCUGGGUGUUGGACUACUGAACUGGUGUCCCAGUCAUCAGCACAGACAAGUGACGAAUGUCAGUUUCUGGACCAA